AGAGCGCAGGAGGAGCUGGACAGAGCGGUGCCACUUGCUGAGAGACUUGGCAUGGUCAGGAAUACAUUGAAGGCUGUCAAGAGGAAUUUAGUUAAGGGUUUUUCCACCAUGUUCGGAAAGAAAAAGAAAAGGCUUGAAAUUUCUGGGCCCUCUAACUUCGAGCAUCGUGUCCAUACUGGCUUUGACCACCGGGAGCAGAAGUUCACAGGACUACCUCAGCAAUGGCACAGCUUGCUGGCGGACACGGCCAACAGGCCGAAGCCUAUGGUGGACCCAUCAUGCAUCACUCCCAUUCAGCUCGCACCUAUGAAGACUAUUGUUAGAGGAAAUAAGCCUCGGAAGGAUACUUCAAUCAACGGCUUGCUCGAAGAGUUUGACAAUAUCUCCGUGACUCGAUCCAACUCCCUGCGGAAGGAAAGUCCUCCCACACACCACCAAGGCAAUGCAAACCAUGUGCCAAGGCACCAGGAGGAAAAUGGGUACAUCACAUAUUCGCAGUACUCCAGUGAGUCAGACACAACAACAGACUAUGUCAUGGACAAGUAUAGAGACAAGACUCUCUAUGGGGAAGAGCUAGACAGGUACUACAAAGGGGGCUACACUGCCAAGCAGAAUGGGCACAUGAUGAAAGUCACUUCCAGGGACAUCUAUUAUUCAGAAAUGGCACCCCUGAAAUCAGACCUCUCCAGGUUCCUCCCAGAUUACCACGCACAAGUGGAGGCAAAGCCCAAACCGCUCGAAUAUGGAGGUCUAAAGCUGGAGUACCAGAGGAUUCCCAGUGGAUCCUCACUCGACUACAGAGACCCCUUCCCUUAUGCCCUGUCCCGAGCGUCAGUGCAGAGCGAGUGCCCCAAGGAGAGGCUGGAGUACAGCGACAGCGACUGGGGGCACAGCCCAGCCAAGGAUGACUAUGACAAGAGGCCCAAGUCAUCCUACGUGGACCCGGCGAGCCCUCAGCCAACCAUGAGGCAGAGGUCCAGGUCGGGCUCUGGUCUGCAGGAGCCAGCCAUGCCCUAUGGAGCAAGUGCAUUUAAAGCACACCAGCAGGGACACUCCUACAGCUCCUACACCUACCCUCGCUUGUCUGAAACUGCAGCAGGCAUCUCUAAGGUGGAUUACGACCGAGCACAGCUGGUAGUUAGCCCACCACUCUCUGGAUCCGACACCUACCCAAGGGGCCCAGUAAAGCUACCUCAAAGUCAAAGUAAAGUCAGCUAUUCCAGCAGCAGCUACCAGUAUCCUCUGGUCUACCACAAAGCAUCCCACUACCACCAGCCAUCACUCCAGCCGAGCUCUCCCUAUAUUUCCACCGCCUCCUACCCCAGCUCUCCAAGUAUCACAUCAAGUGCUUAUCCCCCACCCAGCUGGGGCUCCUCCUCAGACCAGCAGCCCUCCAGGGUGUCCCACGAACAGUUCAGAGCUGCUCUGCAGCUGGUCGUCAGCCCUGGUGAUCCCCGGGAGUACUUGGACAGCUUCAUCAAGAUCGGGGAGGGCUCCACAGGGAUAGUCUGCAUUGCCACCGAGAAGCACACGGGGAAGCAAGUCGCUGUGAAGAAAAUGGAUCUCAGGAAACAGCAGAGGAGGGAGCUGCUGUUCAAUGAGGUUGUAAUCAUGAGAGAUUACCAUCACGAAAACGUGGUUGACAUGUACAACAGUUACCUUGUCAGCGAUGAGCUGUGGGUGGUGAUGGAGUUCCUAGAGGGCGGUGCUCUGACAGACAUCGUGACUCACACCAGGAUGAACGAGGAGCAGAUAGCAACUGUCUGCCUGUCUGUCCUGAGAGCUCUGUCCUACCUGCACAACCAGGGUGUCAUCCACCGCGACAUCAAAAGCGACUCCAUCCUCCUCACAAGCGAUGGGCGGAUCAAAUUGUCCGACUUCGGGUUCUGUGCCCAGGUGUCCAAGGAGGUGCCGCGGAGGAAGUCGCUGGUUGGGACGCCAUACUGGAUGGCACCAGAGGUGAUAUCACGCAUGCCCUACGGCACUGAGGUGGACAUCUGGUCGCUGGGCAUCAUGGUGAUAGAGAUGAUCGACGGCGAACCUCCCUACUUCAAUGAGCCGCCGCUGCAGGCCAUGCGCCGAAUCCGGGAUAACUUACCACCCCGCGUGAAGGACAUGCACAAGGUCUCCUCUGUCCUCCGGGGCUUCUUGGAUUUGAUGCUGGUGCGGGAACCCUCGCAGAGAGCCACGGCGCAGGAACUGUUGAGACACCCAUUCCUUAAGCUGGCCGGGGCCCCUUCUUGCAUCGUGCCCCUCAUGAGGCAGCACCGGCACCGCUGAAUGCAGCCACUUCUCAGGAGGAGGUUGGUGCAGGGGCCAAGUAAUGGCAAGGCAGGAAUCCCUGCGGUUGUGUGGGAACCACGGGAAGGGGUGAGCAAACCUUACCAUGGAAGUAAUGUGGUCUAUAAAACCCAAAGGGGUGCUCUGUAGGGGUGCAAAGGACCCAGGAGGUGACCCUGGCCACCACGCAGGGGAACGCGUGCUGUGGCUGCGCCAUGCUCUCAUCUCGGCCAUCCAGGCAGAAGGCACCAGAUGCAAACAAGGGGGGAAAGAUAAUGAAUAGAGGAUAGCACAACCAGAGCGAAACACCGGGAUUUCAAAAGUAAUGGCUACGGCACUACUUCUACUUCAGAAAAACACUUUUCUGACACAAAAAAAAAAGCACUUUUUUUAAUCUCAGUCAUAGCAGCGUAAUGUAUUUUGAAAUGAAUUUGUAAUUUUCUGUACAGUACUUUUGAUAAUUUGCAGUACUUUGUCAUGUAACCAUUGUGCUAGUUGAAGUAAUAUGUGUAACUUAGCAAGAAUUUGAGAAGAUAAAAAUGUUUCCUACUUUUUUUAACCCUUUUGAAUAUGGAAAAAAAAGUCCUUUAGGAAGUUAGAAAAUUUGGCAGAUUUUCCCUUGGGGUGUGGAUGGUGCUUUGUCCUGCUGUCACAGCGGCCUGAAGAUCAAUGGGUGUCAACGAGAACACCAUCAGGGCAGUUGCUUUCAGUGCUUGCCCUCUGGGGGCUGCUGGCCUCAUGGCAGCAAUCCAAGCUUCGGCCAUCUGCUCUGAGGACCGGGGCCGUCAGUUCCCCUUUCUCUGGCUAUGGGAACUGACACAGAUAUACCUUUGCUCAAGGGUCACCCAGCAACCUGGCAGUCCCUUCACAUCCCGCUGCUGCAAAGUCAGGUUAGUUUUUGCAGAAAUAUCCAUUACUUAUGUCAUGCUCCAGCAGUUGAUGGAAGCGUUUUCUGGAUUUGGAAGAGACCAUUGUGAUACAUUAUGAGAUAUUUGCCAUAUAGAAGUCGUGCUGCUGUCUAGACCUUUCUGAAUGUUAAUACAACAGUUGACUACUAUGGAACAUUUUUGUGUUACUUGUUGGAUGAACUUGCAUGUUAACUGUAGGCCUAUAGCUUUGCCUUUAAAAUUUUUAGAAGUGCUUCAUAAUUAAUUAUUCCAAUGAUAAAUUAAAUUUAA